UUCAACUUUCAAUAGUCUUCGGCUUGUGGGAGUGAAGCUCAGAGGAAGAGGGAGAGGGAGAAUGAGUGCUUUGGAGAAUGAAAUGGAGGGAUUGACUUUGGAUGCUUCUGUGAGAAACCCAAGAUGCUUCAUGGACAUCAGCAUUGGCGGAGAGUUGGAAGGUAGGAUCGUGAUAGAGCUCUUCGCUGAUGUGGUGCCGAAGACGGCGGAGAACUUCCGUCUACUCUGCACUGGUGAGAGGGGUAUUGGCCCCAAUACCGGCGUUCCUCUCCACUUCAAGGGUUCACGUUUUCAUCGUGUGAUAAAAGGUUUUAUGGUUCAAGGUGGAGAUAUUUCUGCUGGUGAUGGAACUGGAGGAGAAUCAAUCUAUGGUUUGAAAUUUGAGGAUGAAAACUUUGAGUUAAAACAUCAUAAGAAAGGCAUGCUGUCAAUGGCAAAUUCUGGGCCAAAUACAAAUGGGUCACAAUUCUUCAUUACUACUACACGAACGCCUCAUCUUGAUGGAAAACAUGUUGUAUUUGGAAAGGUAUUGAAAGGUAUGGGAGUAGUUCGCUCAGUUGAGCAUACCCCUGUUGGAGAUGGUGAUUGUCCAAUUGCCGAUGUCAUAAUUUCCGACUGCGGAGAACUUGCUGAAGGUGUUGAUGAUGGAGCUAUAAAUUUCUUCAAAGAUGGAGACAUUUAUCCAGAUUGGCCUGCUGAUCUUGAUGAGAAACAUGAUGAGGUUUCAUGGUGGAUAAAUGCUGUGGAUGCUGCCAAAUCCCUUGGGAAUGAGUACUACAAGAAAGAAGAUUAUAAGAUGGCUGUUAGAAAAUAUCGCAAGGCAUUGCGCUACUUGGAUGUCUGUUGGGAGAAGGAGGAAAUCGAUGAAGAAAAAAGUUUGUUAUUGCGGAAGACAAAAUCAGUGAUACUCACUAAUAGUUCAGCCUGCAAGGUCAAAUUGGGAGACUUGAAGGGAGCUUUGUUAGAUGCUGACUUUGCCAUUCGUGAAAGAGAAGGCAAUGCCAAAGCGUAUUUUAGGCAAGGUCAGGCACACAUUGCCUUGAAUGACAUUGAUGCUGCCGUAGAAAGCUUCAAGAAGGCUUUGGAACUUGAGCCAAAUGAUGGAGGUAUAAAGAAAGAGCUAGCUGCUGCAAAGAAAAAGAUUGCUGAUAGGAGGGAUCAAGAGCGAAGGGCCUUCGCAAGGAUGUUUCCAAGUUCUGCCAAGUCCGACCCCACUAUUGAGGACAAAAAUCAAUGAAAAGAGUUCAUUUUGAAACUGUCGGAAGCUCUUUAAGAUGAAAGAAGUGCUAUACAAAAGUUCAAGUCAAUUUAGUUUGGUUAUGGAAUUUCCUUAAUUUUCUCAUUUUGAUUUUUCUGGCAGAUUUCUCGUCCUGAGCGUCGAUCUUUUUGUUUUGGUCCCCCUCAUUUGUGCUGUUUUUAGAGGAACGAUUGCAGGUGCAUUUUACUGCAUGUGCAUGUUUUAUAUUUGAGAGCUUUCUUUUUAUACGGGCUGCUUUCUAAACAUUUAGUCCUUAUCUGAAACUCAAACAAUUUGAACGUUAUUCAUAAUUAAAGUUGGGGUUUUGAGUAGCUUA